AUGAAUUAUGAGAUCGUCCAACCGGUGGGAGUAUGUGGAUACGUGAAGGUGAAGGACAGGGUGAGCGCUAAGGUCAUGAGAUUCCCUAUCACCUUCCAACACUUUCAACAACAAGUGGUCAACCUCAACAAGCUGGCCAGAAUAUGCCACCAGAUCAAAGAAGAGGCCGUGGAGCCGUUAUUUCGUUGUACCCAACCGCACUACGGGUUCUGGCCAGAGGAUGGCCAUCUCAUCACGGGCUAUGAGCGGGCCGUGGACCUUAUCAUCAGCGAGCCCGUACUUCGGGAUGCUAGAUACACCCGCUGGACGGUCAUGCUGACCAGGGACGAGGCACGGGGCGUCUUAUUCCCGAUCAGAUUCAGUCUCAAUGCCCUGAGGCCUUGUCGUGGGGGACUCAACAGCUGGCUUCGCAGGUUGAAGAACCUCGGAACGAUCCACCUCGAAGUCAACUGGAGAAGGGAGUGGAUUGACCUGUGUGCUGACUCGGCGUGGCUUUACCCGAUCUUUCUACGUAAUUCUCGCUAUGUGCAGUCGGGUAGACCCAAGGAGUUCUUGGAGCAAAACAUCCUUAACCAUCUCCUCACUUUGCCAAAGGACGAGUUUAAAGAUACGCCGGACCUACCCAUCAAGAAUCACUUCGGGGCCAUUAACCCGGAGUGGCCUCGCUUGCCUAGGGUCUAA